CGUCCCCUCGUACUCCUCUUCAGCCCUCACCUCCGUAGUCAUGGCUGGUGUACAGGCUCUGAACAGGUUCGCCAUCCCUCUGGGCGCCGCCUUUGUGGCUUUGCAAGCCUCCAUCUACGAUGUAAAGGGUGGCCAACGAGCAGUCAUCUUCGACCGCUUCUCUGGUGUUUCUCCGACCGCAGUGCAAGAGGGUACCCACUUCUUGAUCCCCUUUGUGCAGCGCGCCAUUAACUUCGACGUGCGCAUCAGACCACACAUCAUCAGCUCCACCACUGGCUCAAAGGACCUGCAGCAGGUCUCCCUCUCCCUGCGUACUCUCGCCAGGCCAGACGUCAGGCAGCUGCCCAAGAUCUACUCGAGCUUGGGAACCGACUACAUUGAGAGGGUCAUGCCUUCCAUCUGCAACGAGGUGCUAAAGGCAGUCGUAGCCUCCUUCGACGCUCAGGAGCUCAUCACACAGCGAGAGAUUGUUUCUGCCAGGAUCAGGGAGGACCUUCUGCAGCGAGCUGGGCAAUUCGGCAUCGUCCUGGAGGACGUUUCCUUGACCCAUCUGGAAUUCGGCAAGGCGUUCCGCGAGGCAGUCGAGUCCAAGGUCGUGCAAGCCCAGACGGCCGAGAAGGCCAAGUUCCUGGUAGAGCAGGCAGAGCAGGAGCGUCAGGCUUCCGUGAUUCGGUCUGAAGGAGAAGCCGAAGCCGCCGCUGUCAUCUCCAAGGCUCUGGAAAAGGCUGGAGAUGGACUGCUGACAAUCAGGAGAAUUGAGGCGUCGAGGGAUAUUGCAAACACUUUGAGUGGGUCGCGCAACGUUGCUUGGUUGCCGAGUGGGGGGUCGAACAUCCUGCUGAACAUGCAAGGACAGUAAAAAACAGGGCAAAGUAAUGACAUCCUGCACAGACCAAGCAGAGGGAUCAAGGGGGAAAGCAGAAGCAUCCAACACAACCAAACACAUUGUACCUUCGUAGCUCCUUUCC